AUGGACAUGAAUAGCAGUGUGAAUGAGUUCAUUCUGUUUGGGUUAACACAAGAUGUUCUAAAGGAGGAAAUAGUGUUUGUGGUUUUCUUGUUCCUCUACCUUGCAACUCUGCUGGCAAAUCUGCUUAUUGUGAUGACCAUCAGAUACAGUCAGAUGCUGGGUAGCCCCAUGUAUUUCUUCCUAUUCUACUUAUCCUUUGCUGAUGCCUGUUUCUCCACAACCACAGCUCCCAAGUUAAUUAUAGAUGCUGUAUCUGAGAAGAAAGUCAUCUCCUACAAUGAAUGCUUGACUCAGAUCUUUGCAGUUCAUUUCUUUGCAUGCAUGGAGAUCUUUGUGCUCAUCCUCAUGUCAUUUGAUCGCUAUGUGGCCAUUUGUAAGCCCUUGAGAUACACAACCAUCAUGAACAGAUGUGUCUGUGGUAUGCUGGUAAAUCUGGCUUGGGGAGGAUCUUUUAUCCAUUCUUCAACACAGAUUAUCUUAGCUCUGAAAUUACCCUUCUGUGGCCCUAACGUUAUUGAUCACUACUUCUGUGAUAUGCAACCAUUGUUGAAACUUGCCUGCAUGGACACUUAUGUCAUAAAUCUACUCAUAGUCUUUAAUAGUGGAGCCAUAUGUAUGGUGAGUUUUAUAAUCCUGAUCAUAUCCUAUAUUUUCAUCUUACAUUCUCUGAGCAACCACAGUGCAGAAGGAAGAAAGAAAGCCCUCUCCACCUGCACUUCCCACAUAAUCGUGGUCACCUUGUUCUUUAUUCCAUGUAUAUUCACAUAUACUCGCCCUCCAACCACAUUUCCAGUGGACAAGAUGAUAGCUGUGUUUUACACCAUUGGUACUCCCUUACUUAACCCUCUUAUUUACACUCUGAGGAACACAGAAGUUAAAAAUGCCAUGAGAAAGUUAUGGUGUAACAAACUGUGA